CCCGUAGUGAAUACAAGCAAAAAAUGAAAAUUUUAAUUUCAAUAUUUUGUGUGAUUCUAAUCGCUGAUCACGCAGUUCUAGCAGAUUAUGCUCAACAAUCUCCAAAAAACCAAAAUGAAAAUGGUCCUCGAAGACAUAAAGUAAAAAAAUGUUUUCCUAUAACAAAAAGUACCACAAUAUCAACAACUUCUGCAUCCACUUCAACAACAACAGCAUCUUGGCCAACAAACUAUGAAUUGCAACAAGAGAUUACUAAAGGAUUCUUAGAGUUUGCUCCUCAACUCUCUCAAUCUCAACUUCAAGAGUUUAUGAACACAUUUUUGGACAUGAACUCACAUACACAGUUCUGGACAUCAUCACAAGUUUCAACGAUUUCAACACUCAAUGCUCAAAUUGUUAUUAACCAAGCUACAAGUCAUAAUACGUCUAAUCCACCAUCAAGUAUAACCUUCACUGAUGAACUUAAGCAACAGAUCACUAGUUACAUUUUAGAAAACGAUCCAAAUAUAAAUUCAAAUGAUAUUAUGGAUAUCAUUAGUAUUUUGGAAACAAUGAGCACUAUUUCUAUGAAGUAUUUGACUCUAGAUCAGUUAACUCAAUUGACAUCGUAUGUUGUUUCCUCAUUUACGAACAAUACGAUUACAAAUGGAUUUAUUUCAACAACUUCUGCAUCCACUUCAACAACAACAGCAUCUUGGCCAACAAACUAUGAAUUGCAACAAGAGAUUACUAAAGGAUUCUUAGAGUUUGCUCCUCAACUCUCUCAAUCUCAACUUCAAGAGUUUAUGAACACAUUUUUGGACAUGAACUCACAUACACAGUUCUGGACAUCAUCACAAGUUUCAACGAUUUCAACACUUAAUGCUCAAAUUGUUAUUAACCAAGCUACAAGUCAUAAUACGUCUAAUCCACCAUCAAGUAUAACCUUCACUGAUGAACUUAAGCAACAGAUCACUAGUUACAUUUUAGAAAACGAUCCAAAUAUAAGUUCAAAUGAUAUUAUGGAUAUCAUUAGUAUUUUGGAAACAAUGAGCACUAUUUCUAUGAAGUAUUUGACUCUAGAUCAGUUAACUCAAUUGACAUCGUAUGUUGUUUCCUCAUUUACGAACAAUACGAUUACAAAUGGAUUUAUUUCAACAACUUCUGCAUCCACUUCAACAACAACAGCAUCUUGGCCAACAAACUAUGAAUUGCAACAAGAGAUUACUAAAGGAUUCUUAGAGUUUGCUCCUCAACUCUCUCAAUCUCAACUUCAAGAGUUUAUGAACACAUUUUUGGACAUGAACUCACAUACACAGUUCUGGACAUCAUCACAAGUUUCAACGAUUUCAACACUUAAUGCUCAAAUUGUUAUUAACCAAGCUACAAGUCAUAAUACGUCUAAUCCACCAUCAAGUAUAACCUUCACUGAUGAACUCAAGCAACAGAUCACUAGUUAUAUUUUAGAAAACGAUCCAAAUAUAAGUUCAAAUGAUAUUAUGGAUAUCAUUAGUAUUUUGGAAACAAUGAGCACUAUUUCUAUGAAGUAUUUGACUCUAGAUCAGUUAACUCAAUUGACAUCGUAUGUUGUUUCCUCAUUUACGAACAAUACGAUUACAAAUGGAUUUAUUUCAACAACUUCUGCAUCCACUUCAACAACAACAGCAUCUUGGCCAACAAACUAUGAAUUGCAACAAGAGAUUACUAAAGGAUUCUUAGAGUUUGCUCCUCAACUCUCUCAAUCUCAACUUCAAGAGUUUAUGAACACAUUUUUGGACAUGAACUCACAUACACAGUUCUGGACAUCAUCACAAGUUUCAACGAUUUCAACACUCAAUGCUCAAAUUGUUAUUAACCAAGCUACAAGUCAUAAUACGUCUAAUCCACCAUCAAGUAUAACCUUCACUGAUGAACUUAAGCAACAGAUCACUAGUUACAUUUUAGAAAACGAUCCAAAUAUAAGUUCAAAUGAUAUUAUGGAUAUCAUUAGUAUUUUGGAAACAAUGAGCACUAUUUCUAUGAAGUAUUUGACUCUUGAUCAGUUAACUCAAUUGACAUCGUAUGUUGUUUCCUCAUUUACGAACAAUACGAUUACAAAUGGAUUUAUUUCAACAACUUCUGCAUCCACUUCAACAACAACAGCAUCUUGGCCAACAAACUAUGAAUUGCAACAAGAGAUUACUAAAGGAUUCUUAGAGUUUGCUCCUCAACUCUCUCAAUCUCAACUUCAAGAGUUUAUGAACACAUUUUUGGACAUGAACUCACAUACACAGUUCUGGACAUCAUCACAAGUUUCAACGAUUUCAACACUCAAUGCUCAAAUUGUUAUUAACCAAGCUACAAGUCAUAAUACGUCUAAUCCACCAUCAAGUAUAACCUUCACUGAUGAACUUAAGCAACAGAUCACUAGUUACAUUUUAGAAAACGAUCCAAAUAUAAGUUCAAAUGAUAUUAUGGAUAUCAUUAGUAUUUUGGAAACAAUGAGCACUAUUUCUAUGAAGUAUUUGACUCUAGAUCAGUUAACUCAAUUGACAUCGUAUGUUGUUUCCUCAUUUACGAACAAUACGAUUACAAAUGGAUUUAUCUCAACAACUUCUGCAUCCACUUCAACAACAACAGCAUCUUGGCCAACAAACUAUGAAUUGCAACAAGAGAUUACUAAAGGAUUCUUAGAGUUUGCUCCUCAACUCUCUCAAUCUCAACUUCAAGAGUUUAUGAACACAUUUUUGGACAUGAACUCACAUACACAGUUCUGGAAAUCAUCACAAGUUUCAACGAUUUCAACACUUAAUGCUCAAAUUGUUAUUAACCAAGCUACAAGUCAUAAUACGUCUAAUCCACCAUCAAGUAUAACCUUCACUGAUGAACUCAAGCAACAGAUCACUAGUUAUAUUUUAGAAAACGAUCCAAAUAUAAGUUCAAAUGAUAUUAUGGAUAUCAUUAGUAUUUUGGAAACAAUGAGCACUAUUUCUUUGAAGUAUUUGACUCUAGAUCAGUUAACUCAAUUGACAUCGUAUGUUGUUUCCUCAUUUACGAACAAUACGAUUACAAAUGGAUUUAUCUCAACUACUUCUGCAUCCACUUCAACAACAACAGCAUCUUGGCCAACAAACUAUGAAUUGCAACAAGAGAUUACUAAAGGAUUCUUAGAGUUUGCUCCUCAACUCUCUCAAUCUCAACUUCAAGAGUUUAUGAACACAUUUUUGGACAUGAACUCACAUACACAGUUCUGGACAUCAUCACAAGUUUCAACGAUUUCAACACUCAAUGCUCAAAUUGUCAUUAACCAAGCUACAAGUCAUAAUACGUCUAAUCCACCAUCAAGUAUAACCUUCACUGAUGAACUUAAGCAACAGAUCACUAGUUACAUUUUAGAAAACGAUCCAAAUAUAAGUUCAAAUGAUAUUAUGGAUAUCAUUAGUAUUUUGGAAACAAUGAGCACUAUUUCUAUGAAGUAUUUGACUCUAGAUCAGUUAACUCAAUUGACAUCGUAUGUUGUUUCCUCAUUUACAAACAAUACGAUUACAAAUGGAUUUAUUUCAACAACUUCUGCAUCCACUUCAACAACAACAGCAUCUUGGCCAACAAACUAUGAAUUGCAACAAGAGAUUACUAAAGGAUUCUUAGAGUUUGCUCCUCAACUCUCUCAAUCUCAACUUCAAGAGUUUAUGAACACAUUUUUGGACAUGAACUCACAUACACAGUUCUGGACAUCAUCACAAGUUUCAACGAUUUCAACACUCAAUGCUCAAAUUGUUAUUAACCAAGCUACAAGUCAUAAUACGUCUAAUCCACCAUCAAGUAUAACCUUCACUGAUGAACUUAAGCAACAGAUCACUAGUUACAUUUUAGAAAACGAUCCAAAUAUAAGUUCAAAUGAUAUUAUGGAUAUCAUUAGUAUUUUGGAAACAAUGAGCACUAUUUCUAUGAAGUAUUUGACUCUAGAUCAGUUAACUCAAUUGACAUCGUAUGUUGUUUCCUCAUUUACGAACAAUACGAUUACAAAUGGAUUUAUUUCAACAACUUCUGCAUCCACUUCAACAACAACAGCAUCUUGGCCAACAAACUAUGAAUUGCAACAAGAGAUUACUAAAGGAUUCUUAGAGUUUGCUCCUCAACUCUCUCAAUCUCAACUUCAAGAGUUUAUGAACACAUUUUUGGACAUGAACUCACAUACACAGUUCUGGACAUCAUCACAAGUUUCAACGAUUUCAACACUCAAUGCUCAAAUUGUUAUUAACCAAGCUACAAGUCAUAAUACGUCUAAUCCACCAUCAAGUAUAACCUUCACUGAUGAACUUAAGCAACAGAUCACUAGUUACAUUUUAGAAAACGAUCCAAAUAUAAGUUCAAAUGAUAUUAUGGAUAUCAUUAGUAUUUUGGAAACAAUGAGCACUAUUUCUAUGAAGUAUUUGACUCUAGAUCAGUUAACUCAAUUGACAUCGUAUGUUGUUUCCUCAUUUACGAACAAUACGAUUACAAAUGGAUUUAUCUCAACAACUUCUGCAUCCACUUCAACAACAACAGCAUCUUGGCCAACAAACUAUGAAUUGCAACAAGAGAUUACUAAAGGAUUCUUAGAGUUUGCUCCUCAACUCUCUCAAUCUCAACUUCAAGAGUUUAUGAACACAUUUUUGGACAUGAACUCACAUACACAGUUCUGGACAUCAUCACAAGUUUCAACGAUUUCAACACUUAAUGCUCAAAUUGUUAUUAACCAAGCUACAAGUCAUAAUACGUCUAAUCCACCAUCAAGUAUAACCUUCACUGAUGAACUCAAGCAACAGAUUACUAGUUAUAUUUUAGAAAACGAUCCAAAUAUAAGUUCAAAUGAUAUUAUGGAUAUCAUUAGUAUUUUGGAAACAAUGAGCACUAUUUCUAUGAAGUAUUUGACUCUAGAUCAGUUAACUCAAUUGACAUCGUAUGUUGUUUCCUCAUUUACAAACAAUACGAUUACAAAUGGAUUUAUUUCAACAACUUCUGCAUCCACUUCAACAACAACAGCAUCUUGGCCAACAAACUAUGAAUUGCAACAAGAGAUUACUAAAGGAUUCUUAGAGUUUGCUCCUCAACUCUCUCAAUCUCAACUUCAAGAGUUUAUGAACACAUUUUUGGACAUGAACUCACAUACACAGUUCUGGACAUCAUCACAAGUUUCAACGAUUUCAACACUCAAUGCUCAAAUUGUUAUUAACCAAGCUACAAGUCAUAAUACGUCUAAUCCACCAUCAAGUAUAACCUUCACUGAUGAACUUAAGCAACAGAUCACUAGUUACAUUUUAGAAAACGAUCUAAAUAUAAGUUCAAAUGAUAUUAUGGAUAUCAUUAGUAUUUUGGAAACAAUGAGCACUAUUUCUAUGAAGUAUUUGACUCUAGAUCAGUUAACUCAAUUGACAUCGUAUGUUGUUUCCUCAUUUACGAACAAUACGAUUACAAAUGGAUUUAUCUCAACAACUUCUGCAUCCACUUCAACAACAACAGCAUCAUGGCCAACAAACUAUGAAUUGCAACAAGAGAUUACUAAAGGAUUCUUAGAUUUUGCUCCUCAACUCUCUCAAUCUCAACUUCAAGAGUUUAUGAACACAUUUUUGGACAUGAACUCACAUACACAGUUCUGGACAUCAUCACAAGUUUCAACGAUUUCAACACUCAAUGCUCAAAUUGUCAUUAACCAAGCUACAAGUCAUAAUACGUCUAAUGCACCAUCAAGUAUAACCUUCACUGAUGAACUCAAGCAACAGAUCACUAGUUAUAUUUUAGAAAACGAUCCAAAUAUAAGUUCAAAUGAUAUUAUGGAUAUCAUUAGUAUUUUGGAAACAAUGAGCACUAUUUCUAUGAAGUAUUUGACUCUAGAUCAGUUAACUCAAUUGACAUCGUAUGUUGUUUCCUCAUUUACGAACAAUACGAUUACAAAUGGAUUUAUCUCAACAACUUCUGCAUCUACUUCAACAACUUCGUCUUCGAGCUCAACAUCGUCGACCACUACAGCAAUUACAGCUUCAACAAUAAGUCCUGCCAUAAAUCAACAGGUCUCGAACACACUAAGUCAACUUGCACCUAAUUUAAGUCCAACUCAAAUCCAAAAUCUUUUAACUGCAAUCCAAACUUUGUACCAGACUUUUUAUUUCACACCACUCGAAUCGAUUAUUGUAUCCCCAGGUCUUGGUACAUUUUAUUUAACUCAUUCUGGACCAUACGUUGUUGUUAGUGGAACAACCGCUGCAUACACAGACGCAGAUAAAUUAUCAAUAACUUCAUUUUUCAAUGUUUGGGUUCCUAGAAUGACAGCAAGUGAAAUCCAACUUUAUAUCAUUAAUAUGCAAAAAGUGAGCUAUUAUUCUCAAAGUAUAACUGCGUUAGAAGCACUUGCAUUAGCUCCAGCAAUUGCGCAAAUCUUUACAAACCAAGCUAAUUCUCAAACCACAACUGUAAAAGCAUAAAUAAAGGUUAUCUUGGAACAAGGAUGUUUUUCUGAUAAUAUAAUCAAUUUCAUUUCAAGCUUCAUAACUAAGAGGCGUAAAUUUUUUUAAUCUUGAAUAUUGUUAUUUAAUGCAAAUACUUAACGUGCUUUUAAUAAAAUAACGAAAUUCUCAAAGUUUUCAAUCAUAAAAUUUUUAUUCAAUAAUAUUCGAAUUUAGGUUUUUUCUUCCAACAAAAUAGAAAAUUCUUCGUUUUACAUCAAAUGGAUUUUCCUUUCCUUUUUGUAGGUUGUAGAGCACAUCGAGUUGAUCAUGAAGGAAUUCAUUUUUAAGCUGUUCAGGCAUUAGCUUCAAGCAAGGAUUGACAGCUUCCAAUGAUGCUUAAAAAAGAAAAUAAUUUAAUUUUGAAUAACUUAAAAUAAUAAGAAUUAAUACCUGUAAAGAAUUCUUUGGUGCCAAAAUUAAACAUGUCGUUCUUUUCAUCAAUAAACUUGAUUAUUUCAAUUCCACUUUCCCGUAGCAUUUUCUUUAUUAUUUCGUCAGCAUUUUCAAGGUAGCAUAUGUAGUUGAAAUUACCUCUCCAAUUGUUCAUAUAAGGUGAGUACUUGUCGAUCAGUUCAUUCCAAAUAUCAAUUAAAAUAUGAGUAAGAAUAAAGACGCAGCAGAAAAUUCCAUCAGAUUUCAAAAAAUUCUUAAUUUUUACAAAUGCUAAUGGCAAGUCUUGAACCCAAUGAAGACAGUAGAAAGAUGAAACAAUAUCAAAUUCUGGAAAUUUCAUAGGUCUUGGAAUGCUCUCUUGAAUAUCCAUUAAAUGGAAGUAAAUGUGAUCAUUUCCAUAUGUUUUAAUAGCAAGAUCUACCAUUGCCUGACUCUUAUCAACUCCAACAACUUUAGAGAAAUUCAAUUGACUUUCUGUCAUAAAUAUUUCAACCAAGACACGUCCACAUCCAGUCCCGAUAUCAAUUAUUGUUACUGAAUUUUUUCCAAACUUUUCUCUCAAAAAUUCCCCAAAAUAUUUAAAAAACUUCUUGGCACUUUGGGUCUGCUCCUCAUUAUGUUUUGAAUACAACUUUGCCUUAUCCAUGAUUUUUUUAAAAAAUUUAAUUUAAAAAAAAACUUGAAAGUUAACUUGCU